UGUUUGUGCUGUUGGCAGAACGCGAGCUUCCCGACCAACAUGGAGAGAAAAGUUCUAGCUCUUCAAGCGAGGAAGAAGAGGGCAAAAGCGAAAAAGUCCAGCAAGAAGCAUCCUGCCCCCCCCAGGGGGACAGCAGCCCAGCAGCAGCCCCAGCCAGAGGCCUCUCCCCAGGAGCAAGAUGAGCCUGAGGAGAUCCUAGGCUCUGAUGACGAGGAGCAGGAAGACCCCAACGAUUACUGCAAAGGUGGCUACCACCAUGUAAAGAUAGGAGACCUGUUCAAUGGGAGGUACCAUGUGAUCAGGAAGCUGGGCUGGGGUCACUUCUCCACUGUGUGGCUGGCCUGGGACAUACAGGUGAAGCGGUUUGUGGCUAUGAAGGUUGUGAAGAGUGCAGAGCAUUACACCGAGACAGCCGUGGAUGAGAUCAAACUGCUCAGAUCUGUGAGAAACACGGACCCUGACGAUCCCAAGAGGGAGAUGGUGGUCCAGCUACUGGAUGACUUCAAGAUCUCCGGCGUUAACGGGACUCAUGUGUGCAUGGUGUUUGAGGUGCUGGGGCACCACCUACUGAAGUGGAUCAUCAAGUCCAACUACCAGGGCCUUCCACUGCCCUGCGUCAAGAGCAUCAUACGCCAGGUUCUCCAAGGCCUGGACUACCUUCACACCAAGUGUGAGAUCAUCCACACUGACAUCAAGCCAGAGAACAUCCUGCUGACAGUGAAUGAGCCUUAUGUGAGGAGGCUGGCCGCAGAGGCUACAGAGUGGCAGAAAGCAGGGGCUCCCCCUCCCUCAGGGUCCGCAGUCAGCACAGCGCCAGCUCCAAAAGCAGUGGCCAAAAUGUCCAAGAACAAGAAAAAGAAGUUAAAGAAGAAGCAGAAGCGUCAGGCGGAGCUGUUGGAGAAGUGCAUUCUGGAUCUGGAGGAGAUGGAGAAGGCUCCGGGGAGGGGAGAUGAGGAGGAUGAAGAGGACCCAGAGUCUCCAGUCUCUUCCAAACAGCAGGGGACAUAUUGUGCUCCUCUCAGACAGGUUUCCUUACAGGAGAUGGCCAGCCAAGACACAACCGCAUACAUUGCGGGUGCGGAAGUUCCGCGGAUCGUACCAGAAAGCAUAAUAACUGAGGUAGAGGUGAACUUUAACGGCCUUCGUCCUGAUGAAGAGGAAGAUGAAACAAAGGAGAGGAAGGCACAGUGGAAGGAGGAAGACCAACACAACGGUAACACAGACCCAGCAGAAGAUCACGGUCUUCUUCAGGAGUCAAACCCACAGGAGUCAAUAUUGUCAAACCCACAGGAGUCAAUAUUGUCAAACCCACAGGGGUCAAUAUUGUCAAACCCACAGGGGUCAAUAUUGUCAAACCCACAGGGGUCAAUAUUAUCAAACCCACAGGGGUCAAUAUUAUCAAACCCACAGGGGUCAAAAAAGGUGUCAAAUGGUCAGGAGUCUCCACCUCCUCAACCCGUGUGUAACGGCCUGGUGUCCCCGGAAACAGAGGAACCUAAGACCCCAGAGAGUGAGGGGAGUGGAGCUCGACCCAGGAAGGUGACUGAGAUAAGGAGAGAAGCAUCUGAGAUGGAGUCAACAAGCUUCAGGGUCCGGGAGGAGGAGUUGUCACUGGAAGAGGAGGAACAGGAGAAGAAGAAUCAGGAGGAAGUCACGGAGGAGGCGCAGGAUAGGAGUUGGGAGGAGGAGGAGCAGAACAGGAGUCAUGGGGAGGAGGAGGAGGAGGCCACAGAGAUGCUGGAUAACAUCCAGUAUGGAGGAGAACAGGAGAGUCUAAAGGAUGUGUCUCCUCCGCAGCACAAGCACUUUACAGAAGACAUCCAGACGAGACAGUACCGUUCUCUGGAGGUGCUGAUUGGCUCUGGCUACAACACACCCGCUGACAUAUGGAGUACAGCCUGCAUGGCUUUUGAGCUGGCGACUGGGGACUACUUGUUUGAGCCCCAUUCCGGGGAAGAUUACUCCAGGGAUGAAGACCACCUAGCUCUGAUUAUUGAGCUGUUGGGGAAAGUUCCCCGCCACUAUGCACUGAGUGGGAAAUUCUCACAGGAAUACUUCACCAGAAGAGACCAUAUUGCAUUGAUCAUUGAGCUGCUGGGGCAAGUCCCACGCAAACUCAUAACGGCUGGGAAAUAUUCCAAGGAUUUUUUCACCAAGAAAGGUGACCUGAAGCACAUCACCAAGCUGAAGCCAUGGGGUUUACUAGAGGUGCUGCAGGAUAAGUAUGAGUGGCCCAAAGAGGAGACUGAUUGUUUUGCUGACUUCCUCCUCCCCAUGCUGGAGCUGGUACCAGAGAAGAGGGCCACGGCCGCGGACUGCCUGCGCCACCCCUGGAUCGCCCCCCAGUGACAGCCUCCAGUACUGCAAAUCAAAAUACCCUGAUGCCUGUUCAGUAGGCAAACAUUGUGGAAUGUUGCAGAUAACUGUCAUGACUAGAGGUGACAUGAUUCCCUUUUCUACGUGUCAUAGAGGCAUUAAUGUUCUACAUUAAGAGACUUCUAUCAGAACAUUCCAGAACGUUUUGUUCUGCUGAAUGCACCCCCUUGGCCUGCAUUGCCCUCCCCAAUGGAGCCUUCCAACCACUGCAAUGUAAAACCAUGUGGCCAUGUUCAGGAGGAUGUAUAGUUACUGAACCUUCAGAUGUAUGGCGUUUGAACAGAGAUACGAUUAUCUGUCAUAGAAUAGGGAAUUGGGUCCACUUUAUUCAUUCAGUUUCUAUCUUCAAUGACACAUUUUGACAUUUUUACUCAUUUAGCAGACACUUAUCCAGAGCGACGAAGUGUCUGCUAAAUGAGUGAAAAGUACAAUGAGCUUUUAAUUUUCCUAAAUACACCCCUGGAUGUAUUCCCUCUAGUGGUCGUCUCUGGUCACUGCGAUGCAAAUUAAACCCCUCACAAGAGACUUGUUGCAACAGAGCACUUUCCAAUUCAACCAUAUCUGAGAUGACUUAUUUAUUUCUGUUUUUAGUUUUGUUUUCUUACAUUGUGUUCUUAUUAUCAUCAAGGAGCGUCUACGUUUUGUAUUUGUUUCUUUCCUUUGUAAUGAUUGUGUUUAAAUAAGCCUGUAGGCAACGUUGGUUUAUGGUCAUUUUGGCGGUCCAGAAUUCUGUGCUCCGUACACUACUCACUUGUAUGAGGACUUGUCUUUGUAAUUGUUGUUAUUGUGACUCUCUCACCUCCAUCUUGUUUCGUUUUAUACCGGCACAAGACCUGGAAAAGAUCAAGAUCAAUGAACUUCCCUUCACUUUUGUAAUCCUGUUUCCGUUAAAUAACUUGAUACCACUCGUUUUCUUCCUCUGAUAAAAUGUCAUUGAUGUC